UUGAAGUUUUGCAUCAGGGUACUUCUUACUUGUCGAUUGAUAUAAGCAUUUAAUAAAUAAAUAUACCUGACGCUCUCGGAUCUCCGUAAAUCUGUAAUCUUAAAAUAUUGUUUGAAAAAUUUGACAUGAAAUAUUAAUUGGAUUAAAAUCAGAGAGGGAUAACUAAAAUUCUGUAAUGGCUUCUGUAAAUGAAGGAGUUCAAAUAUCUAACGAUGCCAUGGACAAUUCUCAAACAUCAGAAUCUCAAAAAGCGGGGGAAAAUCUCGAUAAAAACAAAAACAAAAAUACUGAUACUCAAGGAAAUUGUUACUGCGGCAAAGACAGAAACUUGAAUAUAGUAGAACUUCUUUGUGCCUCUUGCAACAGGUGGUAUCAUGAAUCUUGUAUUGGAUAUCAGCUGGGUAAAUUAGUCCCAUUUAUGUCAAAUUAUUUGUUUAUAUGCAAAAAUUGUUCACCAACAGGAUUGGAAACGUUUAAAAAGAACCAAGCUACUUUUCCACAAAUGUGUCUUACUGCAAUUGCAAAUUUAAGACAAGAAAGCAUUAAGGAUGGAAGCAAUAAGGCCCUGUUUAGUAAGGAUAAAGAAAUCAUACCAUAUAUUGAUCAAUAUUGGGAAGCUAUGACAACAAUGCCAAGACGAGUUACACAAUCUUGGUAUGCAACAGUGCAGAGGGCACUCAUAAAAGACAUACAAGUGACAUUCACCUAUGAAGAGGACGCACAUCAAGGCCCAAUGUUUGGAUUAUUUAGCAUGCAACUCACAAAUAUUAAGCCCAAUUAUGAAGCUAUGAUAAAGCAGGGCCAGUUAAAGGUGACUGACAUGGGAAUAGCUACGGUACCUUUAACGGGCAAUGUAAAGGGCCGACAAGGCAAGCGGCGACCCGCAGUGGGAGCGGAGACGGGCGCGCCGGUCGGCAAGAAGGGAAGGUCGAGCGAUCUUAGCUCUUUGAAACUACCCUCACACGGAUACCCGACUGAGCAUCCGUUUAACAAGGAUGGGUAUAGGUACAUAUUGGCUGAGCCGGACCCACACGCGCCGUUUAGACAGGAGUUCGACGAAAGCAACGAGUGGAGCGGCAAGCCGAUACCGGGCUGGCUGUACCGCUCGCUGUGCCCCGGCGGGGUGCUGCUCGCGCUGCACGACCGCGCGCCGCAGCUGAAGAUAGCCGAGGACCGGCUGGCCGUGACCGGCGAGAAGGGCUAUUGCAUGGUGCGGGCGACGCACGGCGUGUCCCGCGGCUCGUGGUACUGGGAGGCGAGCGUGGAGGAGAUGCCGGAGGGCGCCGCGAGCCGCGUGGGCUGGGGCCGGCGCUACGCCAACCUGCAGGCGCCGCUCGGCUACGACAAGUUCGGUUACUCGUGGCGCAGCCGCAAGGGCACCAGGUUUCACGAAUCCCGCGGUAAGCACUACAGUCCGGGUUACGGCGAGGGCGACACUUUAGGUUUCCUUAUCAUCUUGCCGGAUAGCCCUUCCACUAAAUACACACCAAACACUUAUAAGGAUCGCCCGCUCGUGAAGUUCAAGAGCCACCUGUACUACGAGGACAAGGACAAGAUCCAGGAAUCACUCAACAAUCUGAAGCCGCUAUCCGGCAGCAAGAUCUACUUCUUCAAGAACGGCGAGUGUCAAGGCGAAGCGUUUACGGACGUGUUCCAGGGCUGCUACUAUCCGUCCGUCUCGCUGCACAAGAACUGCACAGUCAGCGUCAAUUUUGGACCCAAUUUCAAAUUCUCACCGAACACUAAACAUGCGUACCGUCCGAUGUCAGAGAAAGCGGAAGAGGCUAUAUGCGAGCAGACAAUGGCUGACUUGUUGUACUUGACUGAGAACGAGGGGAAACUACGAUUGGAUAGUUUUAAUCUCUGAUAUAACUAACACCGUUGAACGGUGUAUAAGACUUUGUGCAGUGAGCGUUGCGCAUGUGAAUUUAUAGAAUAAGGACAUAAUCUUAGUAUAGUCACAUACCUGACACAAAUGAAUAUAAAAAAAAUGUAUGAUGUUGAACGAUUUUCCUUGCAAACUUCAAGUGUAAAUUGACAAAUACAUUUAUCUUUUGAUAUACUUGUGGAAAAAAUGGUGUAAAUAAGUUUACGUAAAAUAAAAAGACAUUUGUAAUCUAUACAGUCAUUAAUAUUUGCAUUUUACGACGUAGAAAGCAUGCCCUUUUGGGUUUAGGCAGCCUUUGUACAACUAGUUUGUAUAUCAUUGAUACAUUAGAGGAGAUAAAUUGCCGAGUACAAAAUUAAUUCAUUUAUCGAAUCUAGUAUAGCUUCAUUCUAAACAUAGUUUACUUCUUUUUUUCAUUUAUUGAUCAAUUAUUGACAUAUACUCUUGACAAAUAUAAAAAUAUAAUCUUUACACUAAAGUAAGUAGUCAAAAAAGGAAAGUAUAGUAUGGUUAGUUAUGUAUAAGCUUUCCUGUAUAGUAAAUAUUAACUCUUUAUAAGAGAAGUCUUUAUAGGUCGAGUCCUGCUAAUUUGAUAUCUAAACUAUAAUGCAACUGAAAGAAUAAGCAGUUUUAUAGUGUAUACUAUACUCCCGUUGAAUUUAAGCAAAAAUUUAAAAAUUCUAGCUAAUUUUAAGAAUGUAUAAUACAUUUCCACUAAAAUAUUGAUAUUAUGUAUAAAUGCGAACAGUAAGAUAUAGUCCUAUUAGAAUUCCUACUUAUUAAAUAAAUUGUUAAAAGGAAACAGUAUUGAUAUAUUUCAAAAUGUGAUGUAGUUUUCAGUAUUGUACAAAAUUUACCCUUUCAAUUAGAACUCUUUGAUAUACUUUUGGUCUACUAGUAGUAGUUUCCCUUAUCGAUAAAAUAUUAUGUUUUGUGUUGGUUUUGUACAGUCUUCUUUUGUUAUGAAUGAAGUUUGCUUGUGUUAUGUAUAAACAUUUCAAACAUAGCCUGUGAAGCAAUAUUCUUUGAUAAACAUAAUGUAAACUAAAUUAAGACAGAAUUGCAGCCCACGGGGCUUUUCACACAGUCUAGUUCAAUAGAAAGGCUGGUGCAAGUGAAAUUUUAAUAUGUAGUAGCAUUAGUAGUCUUUUAAUAAUCAAAUAACAAUUUUUAUUUUUUUAACAGGACACCAUGUACAAUUUAAUACAUAUAUAUUUUUCUUAUUAUUACAAUUUCU